CGCAUCACGUCUGCAGAUCCGAGGCAGCCGCUGUAUAUAGCUCGAGGAGUCAGGACGCAUGCUCGGCGCAGCUUCUCAUCUUACACACAGCGUCCUACUCACGGGCAGAUCCUCUAUUCUUGAACUCUACGUUCUACUCAGCGUCCUACUAGUUACGGGCAGUCAUUGCAUUCGUCAUGAUGAUCAUUAACGAUACAACCACGGAUAAGAAGCAGGACAUGGUCGAUCAACACGGGAAGACUAUCACCACAGAUGAGCCUCCUCCGUACGAUGGUCCUUCCGCUAGCUUUGUGGCUAGUCAGGCCCCUGCAUGUGGACCUAUUCCUGCUUCUGUCCCUGUUUUCCGGCCCAAUCAGCAGCAAUGCAUAAACCAUUUGUCUCUCUUCUCACGUCACGAUGCCAUUUCUGGGACCUAUCUCGUCGACCCAUGCCUUCCUGCUGAAAAUAUCAACAGCAGGUACGGAGGGCGACGCUGCCGCUCUGUCGACAAGGCGCAUGCACGGAACGUGCGCCAUGCCUUCGGCUCCGUUCCGGUAGACGAAACCUCUGACGUCUCGGACAAAGCGGGUUGGAACCGCCGUAAGGCACGCAGGCCGGAGGUAAACGCAGCCUUUAGGACCCGCCAUGGACCUAUCAAGGUCAACGUGGGUAUCGUCAACUCGGGCCUUCAGGCCGCUACCUCCUCCAUUGGUGGACAGCGAAAGACUCGCGGACGCGUCAUGCUUUCGAGUCGCCACGGACGUAUCAGUGUCAAUCUGACUGAGAUACAGUUUGGUCGUUCUGUCGACCUGGACGUGUCCACUCGCCACGGCAACAUCAUCGUCUUCCUGCCACCCACUUUCGAUGGCUCUGUCGCCUUCCGCUCUCGGCGUGGGCCCAGCGGGGUCACCUUCCUGCCAGCCUUCGCCUCCCGCGCUCGCGUCGUGCGUGGCAGCAGCCGCGAGAUGCUCGUCAGCCUGUCCUCUACGCCCACCGACGCGACGAGCCUGAGGCCUGCCGGGCAGACUGGUGAUGACUACUGUGUCAUCGGCACGCGACACGGCAAGGUCACCAUCGGUAUACACGGCCUCGACUCUGAGUCCGACGUGAUCCAAGGCGGUGGGCUUGCGGCGCAGUUGGAGGCCCUUGUGGAGAGCGGUGCAAAGCAGCUCGAGACGUGGUUCGCUGCUGGUGCGAAGGCUCUGGAGAGCACCCUUCAGGCCAGGCGCUCCGCAGUGGAUAACACUCGUCAAGUAAGAGCCAGGGCCAUCAGUAACCCACAGCGAGCGCGGACAGAGGCGGUCCUAGGUGAGCCGCGCACCUCGACGAAAGUUUGAGAUAUGGUCGAAAGACAGCUGCCUUUGAUGGACAUGAAUCGUUCUGAGCCUCGGCAGUCGAUUGCGAUCUUAUUUGUCUGUACCAUCGCAAGGAUAGUCACUAUGGUCUAUGAUGUUUUAACUAUAAGCUGUAUAACGCUUCGCUCGGACGAUGCUUGUCUCUCACAGGACCCAGUGAGCUCGUAUGUUCACUUUUGUGAUCACACAUAUAGUAUUCAUGGGAAGGUUAUGAGGUGCUUAGAAUGCAAGCGGAGAAUUAGCGACACGGCCUGAG